AUGAAACUUGAAAUUGAACGCCUUAAAUUGAAUCUUUCUGCUGCUGAAAGGGAUAGAGCCUUGCUAUCUGUUGGGAAGGAUCCAGCAACCAUAAAUCCCAAUGCACUGCUUGAUGAAGCUUACAUGGGAAGAUUGUCUAAAGUUGCAAACAAUCUUGCCCUGCUUGGAGAAGCUUCUCUUGAAGAUAAACUUGUUGCUGCUAUUGGUCUUGAGACUGUCGAUGAUAAUCCAAUUGAUUUCUGGAAUAUUAUCAGAGUUGAAGAAACCUGUUCGGGUGGCCAGUGUGAGGUGCGUGCUGAAAUUAAAAAGGCAGUUCAUUCAUCUAGCACAAUGUCAUCUACUGAUGAUUCAGAAUCUGUAUUCUUGUGUUCUCGGUGUGAAAGAAAGGUUUGUAGAGUUUGCUGUGCUGGGAGGGGGGCACUUCUGCUUGUAGGAUAUAAUUCUAGAGAGGCCAUGAAUUAUAAUGGUCCUUCAAGCCAAAGUGGCCAAGUUGAUUUACCUGUAAAUCGCUUAUUAGCACGGGAUAGUAUAAUUUGCAAACGGUGUUGCCAGGAUAUUGUGCUUCACGCAUUGAUUUUGGACUAUGUGAGGGUUCUUAUUAGCUUACGAAGAACAGAGCGAGUGGAAAAGGCUGCUUACAGUGCGUUGAAACAAAUCAUUGGAUCAACUUGGGAUUGUCUUCUAGAAAAGAAUAGUGCCUCUUAUAGCAAGUCUGCUGGAAAAGCAGUACGUUUGUUACUGAACGGAUAUGAGUCCCUUGCAGAAUUUCCUUUUGGCAGCUUUUUACACCCGGUUGAAGCAGCAGCAGAUUCCGCUCCAUUUUUGUCCUUGCUAGCUCCUUUAAAUUCUGGUUUGCGGUUAUCAUAUUGGAAAGCUCCAUCUAGUACCUCCGCCAUUGAAUUUGGAAUUGUCCUUAGUAGUAUUUCUGAUGUUAGUGGGGUUAUAUUGAUUGUCAGCUCGUGUGGCUACUCUGUGGCUGACGCUCCAAUUGUGCAAAUUUGGGCAAGUAACAAAAUACACAAGGAAGAAAGAUCUUUAAUGGGAAAGUGGGAUCUGCAAUCUAUGAUUAAAGCUUCCUCAGAAUUAUAUGGACCUGAAAAGUCAGGAACAGAACAAAAAGUGCCUAGACAUGUGAAGUUUCCCUUCAAGAAUUCUGUUCGGUGCCGCAUAAUUUGGAUAAGCUUACGCCUUAAGCGACCUGGUUCAAGUUCUAUAAAUAUUGGAAAUGAUUUCAAUCUGUUGUCUCUAGACGAGAACCCUUUUGCACAAGAAACUCGACGGGCCUCAUUUGGAGGAUCUGCUGAGAGCGAACCCUGUCUUCAUGCCAAGAGGAUUUUAGUGGUUGGAAGCUCCAUUAGAAAGGAAGUUGAUCUUAAGCCACAACAAAGCUCUGACCAGUUGGCCUUGACAGGGUGGUUGGAAAGAGCUCCACAGCUUAGUAGAUUCAAGAUUCCAAUUGAGGCUGAAAGAUUGAUGGACAAUGAUCUUGUCCUUGAGCAGUAUCUGUCUCCUGUUUCUCCCUUGCUUGCCGGAUUUCGUCUAGACGCCUUUAGUGCAAUCAAACCUCGGGUUACCCAUUCACCUUUUUCAGAUGUACAUAGCAAAAAUUUUCCUUCCCUUGUGGAUGAUAGAUACAUCACUCCAGCUGUAUUGUAUAUUCAAGUAUCUGUUCUCCAGGAACCAAAUAGCAUGGUCACCAUUGGUCAGUACCGAUUACCAGAGGUCAGAGCGGGAACGCCGAUGUACUUUGAUUUCUCUAGCCAGAUACAAACGCGCAGAAUUUCCUUCAAACUACUGGGAGACGUUGCAGCUUUGACAGAUGACCCAUCAGAACAAGAUGAUUCUGGCACUAGAAUUUCUCCACUGGCAGUAGGGCUAUCUUUAUCUAAUAGAAUUAAGCUGUAUUAUUAUGCUGAUCCAUAUGACCUUGGAAAAUGGGCUAGCCUUGGAGCAGUUUAA